AUGAACAUCACUCUCAAAAAAGCAAUGCCGGAGGCCUUGUUGGUCCAGAGCGCUCCUCUCCAUCCAACCUCCCAUAUCGAGAUGCUCCCUAUUAAAUCACCAAGAAAUGCAUCGACACAGAGCUCUUUCAAGCAGCACGGCAACCUUACUCCAGAACAAAAUCCAACAGCGGACGCAGAACCCCCACGUGGUUCGCCUGCCCGCAAUGUCUCAAUAGCCAAAAGUGUUACAGUCAUCGUCACCCUCGCCGGCAUCAACUUCCUCAACACCAUGGGCUCCGGGAUCCUUAUCGCCGCCCUCCCCCGCAUCGCCGAGGAUGUCGGCCUCGACGAGAGCCUGAUUCUCUGGCCCGCCGCCGUCUAUAACCUCGCUGCCGGGUGCUUGCUCCUCAUCUUCGGCGCCGUCGCUGACGUUGUCGGCGCCAAGCUCAUGUGGCUGACGGGCAGCUACCUCUGUGUUGUCUUCACCAUCGCCGUCGGCCUGUCCCAGACGGGAAUUCAGAUCAUUCUGUUCCGAACGUGUGUGGGCAUUUCAAUCUCCGCGUGCCUGCCGACUGCGAUGGCCUUUAUUACGAAGACGUUCCCCAAAGGUGGGUGGCGGAACGUUGCGUUUUCGAUGAACGGCAUUGGGUUUCCAUUGGGGUACGCGCUCGGCUUGGUCUUGGGAGGCAUCUUCACGGACACCAUCGGCUGGCGUUGGGCGUACUACAUGAUGGCCAUCAUCAACUUCUGCCUGGCAACGGCAGCGAUUUGGUCCCUUCCGUCGGUGUAUCAGCCAUCAGAGAAGAAGUGGACUCGCCGUCUGGCCGAGGACAUUGACUGGAUCGGGGCCGUCAUCAUGAGUACUGCAUUGGGUCUCUUGCUGUACGUAUUGGCAAUGACAACAUCCUCUUAUACCAAGAUUGGUGAUCCAGCGAACAUUGUUCUCCUGGUUGCGGCGGUCGCUUUGCUAGUUGCGUUCCCCUUUUGGAUGAACUUGCAGACCACAAAGGACCGCCCGGCGCUCAUUCCUAACCGUUUGUGGCGAAAUGCCUCCUUUACGUCCAUCUGUGCCGCCAUCUUCUUGUGCUGGGCCUCACUCAACGCCAUCCAGUACUUCCUCAUGCUCUAG